AUGCGCAUCGGUUCAGUGUUAGUCGCGUUGGAGUAUAGCCGCAGUCCAACAAGCGACGCUCGAGUAAUGGAAGACUCAAAAGUGGUGGCAAGGUAUGAUCGAGAGAGUCCCGCCUUCGUCCUCAACUUCCUCUCAGAUGACUAUCUUAUCUUCUCAGAGGUGUUUACUGAAGGCGGAAAAAUGCCGUCAAUCGCCGCGAUCCUCAUCAAUGCAUAUCGGUUUAAUGUUACUCGCAUCGGAGGAGAACAGUGGCAGGGCAACUGA